AAACCUUAACCUCAUAAUUACCGUCUUAACAGCCGUUUAAAGAAUCAUAACCUCCUCUUAUGUUGAAAGGGCAUUUCCGUCAUAUAAGGUUCAAACUUGGACUUUCAUGACAAAACAAAAAUUAAAAAAAUCAAAACCCGAUCUAAAUCUCGAACCCUUCACUUCUCCCAUCUUCAUUUCCUUUCGACUCUUUAUUUCUCACUUCAUGCUCUACGAUUUGAUUUGAAUUUUGUGUGUUUUUCUUUUUUAAUGCGAUCAUAUUCAAAGAUAGCAAACGAGGUCUAACAUUUCGUAUCCAUUUUCAGAUCUGAGUCAGCCGGCGAGUCACGAGCUAAUCCUGACUCGGGAAUGGCUUCUUCGGAAGCCGAUUCCCGCUUAAACCAAGUGGUAGCCCCUGCCCUAGAAAAAAUCAUAAAAAAUGCAUCCUGGCGUAAACACUCUAAACUCGCUCAUGAAUGCAAAUCCGUACUCGAGAAACUCACUUCUCCACAGAAGCAGCACUCACCAGAUUCCGACCCUGACGCAUCGAUCCCUGGCCCACUCCACGACGGCGGGCCCAUCGAAUACUCUCUCGCCGAAUCUGAAUCAGUUCUCAGUCCUCUAAUCAACGCUUGCGGAACCGGCUUUCUCAAGAUCGUUGAUCCCGCUGUUGAUUGUAUCCAGAAAUUAAUCGCUCACGGUUACUUACGUGGCGAGGCGGACCCCACCGGAGGCAGCCCCGAGGCGCAGUUAUUAUCAAAAUUAAUCGAAUCCGUUUGUAAAUGUUACGAUAUUGGCGAUGAUGCAAUUGAGCUAUCGGUUCUUAAAACGCUAUUAUCAGCGGUUACAUCGAUAUCCUUAAGAAUACACAGUGAUUGCUUGUUGCAAAUUGUAAGGACUUGUUAUGAUAUAUAUUUAGGAAGCAAAAAUGUAGUGAAUCAAACGACGGCAAAAGCAUCGUUGAUCCAAAUGCUGGUGAUUGUUUUUAGGAGAAUGGAGGCUGAUUCAUCAACGGUUCCGAUUCAACCGAUUGUAGUAGCUGAAUUAAUGGAACCAGUUGAGAAAUCAGAUGCAGAUGGUUCAAUGACAAUGUUUGUUCAAGGUUUUAUAACUAAAAUUAUGCAAGAUAUUGAUGUAGUUUUGAGUACGGGUGGCACGCCGAGUAAGGUCUCAGUAGGAGCGCACGAUGGGGCUUUUGAAACUACUGCAACAGUUGAGACUACUAAUCCAGCUGAUUUGUUGGAUUCAACAGAUAAGGAUAUGUUGGAUGCUAAGUAUUGGGAGAUUAGCAUGUAUAAGACUGCUUUAGAGGGAAGAAAAGGGGAGUUGGCUGAUGGAGAAGUGGAGAGAGAUGAUGAUUUAGAGGUUCAGAUUGGCAAUAAAUUGCGAAGAGAUGCAUUUUUAGUGUUUAGAGCUCUUUGUAAGUUGUCUAUGAAAACGCCUCCUAAAGAGGCAUCCGCAGAUCCUCAGUUGAUGAGAGGGAAGAUAGUGGCUCUAGAGUUGUUGAAGAUUUUGUUGGAGAAUGCCGGGGCUGUUUUUAGAACUAGUGACAGGUUCUUAGGUGCUAUUAAGCAAUACUUAUGUUUGUCAUUGUUGAAGAACAGCGCUUCUAGUCUUAUGAUUGUAUUCCAACUCUCCUGCUCCAUUUUCAUAAGUCUAGUUUCAAGGUUUAGAGCUGGACUGAAAGCAGAGAUUGGAGUAUUUUUUCCCAUGAUUGUUCUCAGAGUUUUAGAAAAUGUUGCUCAACCUAACUUUCAACAGAAGAUGAUAGUGCUUCGGUUUUUAGAAAAGCUGUGUGUUGAUUCUCAGAUAUUGGUGGACAUCUUCAUUAACUAUGAUUGUGAUGUCAAUUCAUCAAAUAUAUUUGAGAGAAUGGUCAAUGGACUUCUUAAAACUGCUCAAGGUGUCCCCCCUGGUACAACCACUACACUUUUGCCACCACAGGAGGCGACCAUGAAACUUGAAGCUAUGAAGUGCUUGGUGGCCAUUUUGAAAUCAAUGGGAGACUGGAUGAACAAACAGUUACGCAUUCCAGAUGUCCAUUCUACCAAGAAACUUGAUGUAGCGGACAACAUUCCUGAACCUGGAUGUCUUGCCAUGGCAAAUGGGAAUGGGGAUGAGCCGGUUGAAGGAUCAGAUUCUCAUUCUGAAGCCUCCACUGAAGCUUCUGAUGUUUCAACUAUCGAGCAACGCCGUGCUUAUAAGCUGGAACUUCAGGAAGGUAUAUCUCUUUUUAACCGGAAACCUAAAAAGGGCAUUGAAUUUCUUAUCAAUGCAAAUAAAGUGGGAAAUUCACCAGAGGAGAUAGCAGCUUUUCUUAAAAAUGCGUCUGGUUUGAACAAGACCCUUAUUGGUGAUUAUCUAGGAGAAAGGGAGGACUUAUCACUGAAAGUAAUGCAUGCCUAUGUAGAUUCUUUUGACUUUCAAGGCAUGGAGUUUGAUGAGGCUAUCAGGGUCUUCCUACAGGGCUUCAGGUUACCUGGUGAGGCACAGAAGAUUGAUCGCAUCAUGGAAAAGUUUGCGGAGCGUUACUGCAAAUGCAAUCCGAAAGUUUUUACUAGUGCUGACACGGCCUAUGUGCUUGCUUACUCUGUGAUCAUGCUCAACACUGAUGCUCACAAUCCCAUGGUGAAAAACAAGAUGUCAGCUGAUGAUUUUAUAAGGAACAAUCGCGGCAUUGAUGAUGGUAAAGAUCUACCUGAAGAGUAUUUGAGGUCUUUGUUUGAACGCAUAUCAAGAAAUGAGAUCAAAAUGAAAGAAGAUGAUUUAGCUCUCCAGCAAAAACAAUCUAUGAACUCGAACAAAAUUUUGGGCUUGGAUGGUAUUCUGAACAUUGUGAUUCGCAAACGGGGUGAGGAUAGGAUGGAAACCAGUGAAGAUCUUAUUAAGCAUAUGCAAGAACAAUUUAAGGAAAAAGCUCGCAAAUCUGAGUCAGUUUAUUAUGCAGCAACAGAUGUGGUGAUACUUCGCUUCAUGAUUGAGGUAUGCUGGGCUCCAAUGUUGGCUGCAUUCAGUGUGCCUCUUGACCAAAGCGAUGAUGAAGUGGUAUUAGCUUUGUGUCUUGAAGGUUUCCGUUGUGCCAUCCAUGUUACUGCUGUAAUGUCAAUGAAGACUCAUAGAGAUGCUUUUGUUACCUCCUUAGCAAAGUUUACUUCCCUCCACUCUCCUGCUGAUAUCAAGCAGAAGAACAUCGAUGCUAUUAAGGCAAUAGUUACAAUUGCCGAUGAGGAUGGGAAUUAUUUGCAAGAGGCUUGGGAGCAUAUUUUGACAUGUGUCUCACGCUUUGAACAUCUGCAUCUAUUGGGCGAGGGUGCUCCUCCAGAUGCUACGUUUUUUGCUUUUCCUCAAAAUGAGUCAGACAAGUCAAAACAAAGUAAAUCAACUAUCCUCCCCGUUUUGAAAAAAAAGGGACCUGGGAGGAUGCAGUAUGCAGCUGCUGCUGUGAUGAGAGGUUCAUAUGAUAGUGCUGGUAUUGGAGGUGGUGCUUCUGGGGCAGUCACAUCUGAACAAAUGAACAAUUUGGUCUCUAAUUUAAACAUGUUGGAACAAGUUGGGAGCUCUGAAAUGAACCGCAUAUUCACACGUAGCCAAAAACUGAACAGUGAGGCAAUAAUUGACUUUGUUAAGGCUCUUUGCAAGGUCUCUAUGGAGGAAUUGCGAUCUGCAUCUGAUCCACGCGUGUUUAGCCUUACGAAGAUUGUUGAGAUUGCGCACUAUAACAUGAACCGCAUCAGGCUCGUGUGGUCAAGCAUCUGGCAUGUGCUCUCUGAUUUCUUUGUAAACAUUGGCUGUUCUGAAAACCUUUCAAUUGCAAUUUUUGCCAUGGAUUCUUUACGCCAAUUAUCAAUGAAAUUCUUAGAGCGAGAGGAAUUGGCUAAUUAUAAUUUUCAGAAUGAGUUCAUGAAACCUUUUGUCAUCGUUAUGCGUAAGAGCAGUGCUGUUGAAAUCAGAGAAUUGAUCAUCAGAUGUGUUUCGCAAAUGGUUUUAUCUCGUGUUAACAAUGUUAAGUCAGGGUGGAAGAGCAUGUUCAUGGUCUUUACUACAGCAGCUUAUGAUGACCAUAAAAAUAUUGUGCUCUUGGCCUUUGAAAUAAUGGAGAAGAUUAUUCGAGACUACUUCCCAUAUAUCACUGAGACUGAAACAACCACAUUUACAGAUUGUGUAAAUUGCCUAAUUGCAUUCACCAAUAGUCGAUUCAACAAAGACAUAAGCCUCAAUGCUAUAGCUUUUCUUCGGUUCUGUGCUACAAAACUUGCAGAAGGAGAUUUGGGGUCAUCAUCAAGGAAUAAGGAUAAGGAAGCCACUGGAAAAAUUCCUCCAUCUUCACCUCAAGCUGGAAAGGAAGGAAAACAUGAUAAUGGGGAGAUCGGUGAUAAAGAAGAUCAUCUUUAUUUCUGGUUUCCUUUGUUGGCAGGUUUAUCAGAACUGAGCUUUGAUCCUAGACCUGAAAUCAGGAAGAGUGCCUUACAAGUGUUGUUUGAUACUUUGCGCAACCAUGGCCACCUCUUUUCUCUACCUCUAUGGGAACGAGUCUUCGAGUCUGUCCUGUUUCCAAUUUUUGACUAUGUACGGCAUGCUAUCGAUCCUACUGGGGGUGACUCUCCCGGGCAGGGUAUAGAUAGUGAUGAUGCUGGUGAACUGGAUCAAGAUGCAUGGCUUUAUGAAACAUGCACAUUGGCCCUCCAACUGGUUGUGGAUCUCUUUGUAAAAUUCUAUAGCACUGUUAAUCCACUUUUGAGGAAGGUUCUGAUGCUUCUGGUUAGCUUUAUUAGGCGCCCACACCAAAGCCUUGCAGGCAUUGGUAUUGCUGCAUUUGUCCGUUUGAUGAGCAAUGCUGGUGAUCUGUUUUCAGAGGAGAAAUGGCUGGAAGUGGUUUUGUCCUUAAAGGAGGCAGCCAAUGCAACACUUCCUGAUUUUUCUUAUAUUGCUACUGGAGUGUCCACAGUAGGAAGCCACAAAGCUAUCAUCGGACAAAAUAAUGGAGAGUCUACUGGAUCUGGCACGCCUGAUGAUGAUCCAGAGAGACUGAUGACCCGUCGUCUCUAUAUUUCUUUAUCUGAUGCAAAAUGCAGAGCUGCUGUUCAACUUUUGUUGAUUCAGGCAGUGAUGGAAAUAUACAACAUGUAUCGGCCUCAUCUUUCAGCAAAAAAUACCUUAGUCCUUUUUGAUGCUUUACAUGAUGUAGCAUCUCAUGCUCACAAGAUCAAUACUGAUACCACGUUGCGCGCAAGGCUACAAGAGUUUGGCUCCAUGACUCAAAUGCAAGAUCCCCCACUAUUACGUUUGGAGAACGAGUCUUAUCAAAUUUGCCUCACAUUCUUGCAAAAUCUUACACUGGACAGGCCUCCAGGUUUUGAUGAGGUUGAAGUGGAAUCUUAUCUUGUCAACCUUUGCGGCGAGGUGUUAGAAUUUUAUAUUGAAACUUCCCGUUCUGGACAGAUAUCUCAAUUGUCUUCCAGUGCACAAUCCCAAUGGCUAAUUCCUGUAGGCUCUGGCAAACGGAGGGAAUUGGCUGCACGAGCACCUCUUAUAGUUGCAACUCUCCAGGCUAUCUGCAGUUUGGGAGAUGCUUCAUUUGAAAAGAACUUGAGUCAUUUCUUCCCCCUUCUUUCAGGCUUGAUAAGCUGUGAACACGGAUCAAAUGAGGUUCAAGUAGCUCUCAGUGAUAUGCUCAGCUCAACAGUGGGUCCUGUUUUGCUCAGGUCUUGUUGACCUUGGUGAGAUCACGCCGCAUUUUCUGAUGUGUCAUAUUCAAUCAAAUUCUUAGUUUCAAUUUUUCUUUUUUUUUUGGUUUUUUAAUUAUAAUUGUCACUGGGGAUAGAGAUCCAUAGUGUAUGAAGAGUUAGCAAUGGUUUUGGAUUGGCUAGUGCUUCUGAACUUUCAUGUAGUUAAUUCGGAAGCUCCUUUGUUCGGAGUUGAUAGAUAUUAUUAGGAGUUUUGUUGUAUGCUAGUCAAGUAUAUUGUUUUUGCCCUCCCUCUUUCCAAUAGACAGGUUUCAGAACGAUAAUUUCCUGUAAAAAAAAAAAAAAAGGUGCUUAUUCGAAAUGAACUGCUAGCGGCUCUUUUCUUUUGUGAUUA